CCAGGACCUUGUAUGAUAGACACUCACUCCUGGUUCCUUCUUCCAGUCAAUAAAAGCCAAUAUCUCGCCUACGUCUCAGAGUGAGUUAUUGAUGGUGCAUCAAUUUUAUUGACUGGAAGUUUUAAAACAUGGAACCCGUUUUGCGUCCGGACCGGUUGGAUUUGGACCCUCAAGACCCUGACGCAGCUCUCGCUUUUGAACACUGGCUUGCAUGCUUCCAAUCGUACUUGGCGGAGCUUCGUGCGACUGAACCCGCCGUUAUGCACAGAAUCCUACUCUCGAGGGUCUCCUCCAAAGUUUACUCCUUUAUCCGGGACCUGCCGACCUACAAAGGGGCACUGGAUGCCCUCAAACGACAGUACCUGCGGCCGGUGAACACCGUCUACGCAAGACAUCGCUUAGCUACCCGGCAACAGCGGCCUGGCGAAUCGUGCGCUGAGUUUCUCCGAGCACUACAGACACUCGUCCGAGCUUGUGACUGCAAGACGCUCACGGCAGAACAGCAUGCGGAGCUGCUGGUGCGAGACGCCUUUGUGACGGGACUGAGGUCAGUGUACAUGCGCCAGCGACUGCUGGAGAACUCGGAUCUUACCUUAAGCUCGGCGAUAGAGAAGGCCAACGCUCUAGAAGCUGCGCGGCAUAACGCCGACGCUGUCCAGUCGCGCGAUUCCCCGCCGGUUUCGUGGACGCCUCAGACCCCGCCACCGCCGGCUCCCGGGAGCGAAUUCGCCAACGCCGCCGCCAGUCGCGAUUCCACGAGCUCCCCGACCCAGACCACGGCUGUGGCCCGUAAGAAACUCGUGCCUUGUUAUUUCUGUGGCCAAAAGAAACAUCCUCGACAACGCUGUCCAGCGCGAGAAGCGACCUGCUCCAGCUGCGGAAAGCGGGGCCACUUCGCCAAGGUCUGUAAGUCUCAACCUCGAGCGGAGUGCAGCGCUGCGGGUGAAACGUGGGGGCCGCCAUCUUGCAUGCCGGGAUGUGGGCGGCCAUCUUUGUCGACGUCAGCACGCCCCGCCCCCGAUCCUCGGAUGCUGACCGGGUACCCCGGAUGUGAGCGGCCAUCUUUGUCGGCGUCAGCAUGCCCCGCCCCCGACCCUCCGAUGCUGACCGGGUACCCCGACGGCGAUCCAACUCUGGCCACUGUGACUCUCGACCAAAGCGCCCCACACCAGCUUGCAAGAUCCAUGAUGGACAUCCAGGUGGAGGGGCAUUGGACUGGAUGCCUGUUUGACACGGGCAGCACUGGGAGUUUUAUUCACCCGGACACAGUGCAACGCUGCGGACUUGCAACGCGGCCGGUCAGUCGGAGGUUCCAUUUGGCCUCUGGGUCGCAGUCCGCAGACAUCCGGGCGGGUUGUGUAGCGACUUUGGUGGUGCAAGGCACAGUAUAUCGGGACUUUGAACUGCUGGUCAUGCCUAAUCUGUGUGCACCUGUGCUAUUGGGGCUGGACUUCCAGAGCCAUCUCGAAAGUGACUAUGGUAUACGACGGGCCCCUCCCACCACUCACUGUCAAGAAUCCUCAGUUUUGUGGGACUUCUUCACAUACCCCGCUACUGACCACACACACACACGGACACACACAUCCCAUCCAGAACCAGGCCAACAGCUGCGCUACCGACACUUGCAGCCUCUCCACCUCAAGAUCCCUCCCCCACCACUGUUCGCCAACCUGACCCCCGACUGUAAACCUGUGGCAACCAAAAGCAGGAGGUACAGCGCGGGGGACCGGGCCUUCAUUCGGUCGGAGGUGCAGCGGCUGCUCAGGGAGGGGAUCAUUGAGCCGAGCACAAGCCCUUGGAGGGCCCAGGUGGUUGUUGUUCGGACUGGGCAGAAAAAUAGGAUGGUGGUGGACUAUAGUCAAACCAUCAAUAGGUUUACGCAGCUUGACGCAUACCCCCUACCCCGCAUCGCGGAUAUGGUCAACCAGAUUGCUCAGUAUAAGGUGUACUCGACAAUAGAUCUGAAAUCCGCUUAUCACCAGCUCCCCAUCUGCCCAGAGGACCGCCCCUACACUGCCUUCGAGGCGGGCGGCCGGCUCUAUCACUUCCUGCGCGUCCCUUUCGGUGUCACGAAUGGUGUCUCUGUCUUCCAGAGGGAAAUGGACCGGAUGGUGGACCAGUACCAACUGCAGGCCACAUUUCCCUAUCUGGAUAACAUCACCAUCUGUGGUCAUGACAGGCCAGAUCACGACGCCAACCUCCAACGGUUUCUCCAAGUGGCCGCAGCUCUGAACCUUACUUAUAACAGGGACAAGUGUGUUUUUGGUACCACCCGCCUUGCUAUACUUGGGUAUGUCGUGGAAAACGGGGUUAUUGGGCCUGAUCCCGAACGUAUGCGCCCCCUGUUAGAGCUCCCUCUUCCCACCACUCUCAAGGCCCUCAGACGGUGCCUGGGGUUUUUUUCCUAUUACGCCCAAUGGGUCCCCCAUUACGCAGACAAGGCUCGCCCCCUGGUCAAGUCUACCUCGUUUCCCCUCUCUGCUGAGGCCUGCGCGGCCUUCAACUGCAUUAAAGCGGACAUUGCCAAAGCUACGAUGCAUGCAGUGGACGAGACCGCUCCCUUCCAAGUGGAGUGUGAUGCCUCCGAUUUCGCUCUGGCUGCUACCCUUAAUCAGGAAGGCAGACCAGUAGCAUUCUUUUCUCGCACCCUCCAAGGCUCUGAAAUUCGGCACUCAGCGGUGGAGAAAGAAGCCCAGGCCAUAGUGGAGGCUGUUAGGCACUGGAGGCACUAUCUUGCUGGCAAAAGAUUCACUGUGCUGACCGACCAGCGCUCGGUUGCGUUCCUGUUCAGCAACCAACAGCGGGGCAAGAUCAAAAAUGAUAAGAUUUUGCGGUGGAGGAUAGAACUCUCCACCUACACCUAUGAUAUCCUGUACCGGCCUGGCAGACUCAAUGAGCCCCCUGAUGCCCUAUCCCGGGGAACAUGUGCUAGCACACAGCUCGACCAGCUGUACGCCCUUCAUGCACAACUUUGCCAUCCGGGGGUCACCCGAUUUUACCAUUUUGUGAAAGCUCGGAACCUGCCGUACUCCCUGGAGGACAUCAGGACGAUGACCAGGGACUGCCAAAUUUGUGCCGAGUGCAAACCGCACUUCUACUGUCCUGACACGGCACAACUUGUCAAGGCCACCCGCCCUUUUGAACGCCUGAGUGUUGACUUUAAGGGCCCCCUUCCCUCCACUGACCGCAAUGUCUAUUUUCUCAGUGUUAUUGACGAGUUCUCACGGUUCCCCUUUGCCAUCCCCUGCCCCGACACCACUGCCACGUCCGUCAUAAAAGCCCUGCGCCAGCUCUUCACUCUGUUCGGGUAUCCCUGCUAUAUCCACAGUGAUAGAGGGUCCUCCUUUAUGAGUGAAGAGCUGCGCCAGUACUUGCUAGCUAGGGGCAUUGCUACCAGUCGGACCACGAGUUAUAAUCCCCGGGGUAAUGGCCAGGUAGAGCGGGAGAAUGCCACAGUGUGGAAGGCCACACUUUUAGCCCUCAAGUCCAAAGGGUUGCCGGUCUCUCGAUGGCAGGAGGUCCUCCCUGAGGCACUGCACUCUAUCCGCUCUCUGUUAUGUACGUCCACCAAUGCCACCCCUCACGAACGCCUAUUCUCUUUUCCCAGGAAGUCUGUCACUGGGACCACCCUACCAGUUUGGCUGACGUCCCCGGGGCCAGUGCUGCUCCGGAAACAUGUGAGGAGCAAUAAAUACUCCCCGCUGGUGGAGAGGGUUCACCUUCUCCAUGCGAACCCCCAGUAUGCUUACGUGGUCUUACCUGAUGGGCGGGAGGACACGGUCUCCAUCCGCGACCUGGCACCCGCAGGUGCAGCAGACCACUACCCUGAAGGCUCUCCGGUAACUGUGAACCCUGCACCAGAGGUGACACCGUACUCACCAGGCCCUACACAGACUCCUCACGACACUUGUAUACCGGGCGUUUCGUACGCAUUUAUACCAGGCGCCUCGCACAUGCAUGAGGGAUCACCGGCGCCUAGUGGGCAAGAACACGCGCAACCCCCGUCCCCUGUGCAAUCGCCAAUGUUGCCGGCACCUAUGCGGUCACAGCCGGUGCUACGUAGAUCGCAGCGACAGAUUCGACCACCUGAUCGGCUUGACUUGUAAGAACCUUCGCUACAUGAGGACUUUUUCAAACGAAGGGGGGGUGAAUGUGGUGAACUAUGUGCCUGUCGGGACACGCCCCUGCUGACUGCUCCUGUGGCUCCUCCCACAGGCCCCUGUAUAAAGGAGACCUGCGGCCUGAAGAUCGGCCUCAGUCUCCAGGACCU